UAGACGGGCGGUUGGGUGCGCGCGCACGUGUGUGUUGGCGUUUUGUCCUCGGAGUUGCGUCCGUUGGUCUCUCCCGGCUAUGAAGGUGAUCGCUCCCGCCGUCACCCCCGGCCCUAGCUGCUCUCUCAAGGGCGCCGGGGGCGACCCUUUGCCGCGGGGCCUCUCGGAGCAGAGCGUGUCGCUGUCCCGCGUGGGCAGCCCCCCUGCCCGGGGUUUGCCCCUCGGCCCGGAUCAAGCGGCUGCAGCCGCCGCCGCUUCGCUGCUUCUGGAUAUGAAAGGCUGCUACUCGCGCCUGGCCGCGCUGGUGCCCACCUUGCCUCGCCACCGCCGCGUCUCCAAAGUGGAGAUCCUCCAGCACGUCAUCGAUUACAUUUGGGAUCUCCAGCUCGAGCUGCAGGGGCCCCCUCCGCGGGGCGUGGACGAGCCGGCCGGAGGAGCCGAGCCUGCCUGCGUUAGUUCAGACGACCGAAUCUUGUGCCGCUGAAGAUCCCUUGAAGCCUGCCGGAAAAUCUGUUUUUGAAAUGCUUCCUAUAUCCCUCCCAUGGCUGGGAAAAUGGGGCGCUUCGGUGGUGAUGUGGGGGUGCCUGUCUCUACCCCAUUUCCUUAUCUCCCCAAGAUUUGAGCUGGACGGCAGAUGGAAAACCGGUUUUUGGAGACCAAGAUACGUCGCUCUGGUGCUUUUAAAUUCCAGACGGGGACUGAUGGCUAGAAUUGGACUCAAAAUAAUACCAUCCCGCAUCUCUUUAACUGCCUCCAAUGGGACAGUGCCUUUUUUUUUCUUGCUUUCUUAAAAGCAGGGACUAAAAAAAACCUCACGCGAAUAUUUCUCAGUUUUUGAGAAUCGACUGUAUUGUAUAUUACAAUGCUCCUAUUUCUGAGAAUAUUUUUCUACCGUUGUUUUUGCUCUUGUUAGGGAACAAAUGCAUUAUGUGCUGUGAAAAAAAGA